ACACGAUGAACAACGGAAUUCCCAAACCAUUUCAGUACGAUUUUGGCUGGCAGUGGAAUAGUUGGUGUUCGAGCUAUUUUUUCCAUUGUCUCACCCCAACUAGUUAAAUUACAAGUAGAAGUUUGCAAUCACAACACAUAUAAUAUAUAACUUAAGACUCAAAACACGACAACAUGAUCUAUCGAGGACUCUGCCUCUAUCUUUUGUUUGCCUUGAUUCAAUUCGGGGAGGCCAAAAUCCGCAUUACCAAGUCAUGGCGGGCUGCAGCCACUCAAAGAAACAAGGCCACUUUGGCGGUACGAACCAACGAAGAAAUCGACAAAUGUGAAUGGGUUUACGGCAGAGACAGCUACACAUCCGAGGAUCGAGGUCGAGAUAUCACAGUGGAGAUCACGGAUCAAGGUACACUCUGCAAAUUGGUCAUCGAUCGGGCCGAUAGUCGAGAUCACGAUGGAAAAUGGGACGUAGUCGUAUACGGACAAUGUGAUACCGAGGACUUCAGACGGUACAAACGCCAAGCAUCCGAUGGGGUGAACUUCCCCCAAAAUCCAGGACAGGUGGUUUCUAAUCUCACCCCUGGAUUGUCAUCGGGUCCCAAAAUCAAGAACACGAGAGGUGAUGAUCGACGUGGAACCAUUACGACGUCAUUUGGAGGAUCGCGCGACCGCUUCUCUUCCAAAUUGAGUUCGGAUUGUGAGAACAAGGCUGAAGUGUUUGGAAUCGAUUUGGAAGUAGGAGAAUCUGACGAGCUCAUCGCCUUAGCUGGACAGGACAAAAUCUACGGGCUCCUCGACCAAGAGGUCACUUUAACCGCCAGAACCAACCAACGACCUGACAACUGCAUCGUGGAAUUCAAUCGCCGACGAGUUAUCGAACUUCGAAAUGGCCAAGACGAUUGUGAUCGAAGCUACAGAGGAACUUCCGUUUGUGUCGAAAAUUACGAAAGUCGACCAGAUGGCAUCUACGCUUGUAACGUCAAGAUUGAGGGACUUAAUCGCGAUGUUGAAGGUGAUUGGGAAAUUACUGCGGAGCUCGAAGGUAGACGGACCUCGCUGCGGGAAACCGUGGCCGUGGAAGUGUUUGUUACUGAAACCCCUGAAAGAGUGAUCAUGCGACAUGAUGGUCGGGAAGUAACCUCGAGGGAUCGAAUUAAACCUAGUUCAGGAGCGAACCUGGUGAUUCAAUGCGAGGUUGAAGGCGGUGGACGGGAGGUGGAUGUUGAGCUCUUUGUGGGGAACAAAGUCCCUCGAAACAUGGAAAUCAAUACUUGCCGUGCCGAGAGUCGAGACGCUAAGUGUGUUGAAUUCGAAUUUCGACCGUCAGCGGAUUUCAGUGACGAAGAUGUUUAUUGCCAGGCCAUUAUUCCUGGCGUCGAUCUCUCUGAAGAGAGAAAUGCCCGAGCUAGUGCUCAGUUGGAGGUGGGAACAGGUAGCCCUACUCUUGUCAACGGCCAAGAUGGUAAAAUCACGGUUUGCACAGAUGGAAGCCGAGAACGGGACGAAUUCGAAUUCGAGGUCAUUUUCGAGUCCAAUCCCCGACCAACUAGAGAUAUUGAGUGGGAAAUGAAAUCUCACGACCGGGACAGUGUGCGGGUAUCAGAAGGAGACAGCGAUGACGGUUACGAGUCUUUCCUGAUUGAAACCGUGAGAGGCAGCGGCAACCGAUACAUUGCAGCCAUGCUCAUUGACGAGCUCUCCAGAGAAGAUAUCGAACGCGGCAAUACCCACGAGCUCCGUGUGGACAAUGGUGUUGGACGUGAGGUGACAUUCGAAAUCACUUUGGACGACAGCCGUGAUUGCCAAAGCAGUGGCUCGUCCAGUUACCGUUGCAAUGUCAGGACCGACCAAUAUUGUCGUUGCAAUUUGCGGGGUGAUGAAUGUUGCGAUUCGCACAGUACUUGCAAAACCGGAACAUGUUGUCAACGAUGCGCCAAUCGGAAUGAAUGCCUCUUAUGUGACGACGAGAAGGAAGAUUGCAUGGAAUUGAAAAGCGGAAGCAGUACUUCUGGAUCCGGAUCCAGUUCAAGUUCUUCUUGUCGUAAAGGUGAUAGAGAUUGCAUUUGCGUGGAGGAUGACGAUCGUAAGGAAUAUUGUUGUACGGAACGAUCCUCCAAUUGCCAAACUUGUCGUCGAAGGGACCCCGAUACCAAUUGUUUCUGCGAUCGGGACGACAGAAAUACUUGCGUAAUUGUUGAAAGAAGUACCGCGGGUCAGUGCGAUACUAACGAUGUUGCAACACGAGCCCGACAAGUAUUGCUGGAGAGCUGUUUGAAAAUGAGUUCCACUCUUCUGGAAGCGUGGAAGCCUGAUGGAUCCAAACGAACCACCAGCUCCUCUUCGUCUGACCGAGAUAUCCAAAAUGACAUCGAUGAUUACUUCCGAACGGCAUCUUGUACUGGUUUCGAGCGGGAUAUCCGUGACUAUGCUCAAGACGCCAAUGCCAACAGCGACCGUCGUCGUCCUUUGACGCGAUUGUCCGGCAAUAACGGCGGGGAUGGCACUCCAGAAAUCGGUUUCCUGAGCAACCGAAACUCUCCCAACAAAGUUGAAAAGGUAGCCUUUGCCAAUGGAGAUGGAAGCGAGAAAGGAGAGGGUCAACCUGAUCCAGCUCUUCUGGACCAAUUUCAAGAUAUACUCGCUUUACAAGACAAGAUUCAAGAGGAAGAUGCCAAGGUAGCGGAGCUAACUGACGAACCCGUAACAGAAGAAGCUCUGACAACAGAGGGACAAAUGGAAUCUGAAUAACCCGUAGAAGCAACGAAAUAAGUUAUUGUUGACCAACACCUUUCCCAAUCUUGCUUUCCUCACAUAAAGUAUGCUUCAAGACGUUUUUUUUUUUCUUCUUCAUUAAAUAAACCUCUACUUGUACGUACGUAA